UCCGUUGAAUGAAGUCACGUGACAGAUAAAAUGGCGUCCAUUGAAGAGGUACAUGUCUCUGAUGAUGCAGAAUUCACUGAUUGGAAAACGGCAAGGGAUACCCUCAGAGACAUCAGAGAGACAGAAAGAAGAGACAGCAGAGUUGUGGUGGCACUAGGAAAAAUACUAAUAGACAAAUAUUCAAAUAAACUUGGAGAUGAAGUCUGGACUGUACAUGAACAGCUUGUUAUGGCUGCAUUAGACAUAGGAGACACCAGGAGAGCUGAAUCGUCAUUUGGUUGUCUCAAGAAAAGGUUCUCAAACAGCAAACGUGUAAAGAAACUCGAAGGGCUAAUAAUGGAAGGGAAAGAAGAUUUUGAUGAAGCACUGGAGUAUUAUGAAGGAAUACUUAAAGAUGAUCCAACCAAUACUAUUAUAUCAAAGAGGAUAGUUGCUAUUCACAAAGCUAGGGGAGAUACAGCACUUGCCAUCACGAAAUUAACUGAAAUAUUGGAAAUUACUAUGGCAGACUAUGAAAGCUGGUCAGAAUUGGCAGGUCUAUAUAUUUCACAGCACCAGUAUGAUAAGGCUGCAUUUUGUCUUGAAGAACUAAUCCUCUCCAAUCCUCACAAUUAUAUAUUCCAUCAACGUUAUGCUGAAGUUUGCUAUACUCAAAAUACAACAGAAAGUCUUGAAAUUGCUCGCAAACAUUAUGCGACCUCGCUGAAACUAAAACCAUCUAAUCUUCGGUCACUUUAUGGCCUGUAUCAGACUGGAGUGAGUCUUGGAAAACACUUGAAAAAGAAAGAAGCAAAAGUUAGGAAUGAUGACAUUGCACAGUGGUGCAUGUCGCAGCUUUUGGAGACUUAUCAGGAGAAUUGUAACAUGGAGCAAUUGAAAGUUUUGGAGAACUUCCUCAAGCCUCCAUCGAAAUAGGAAUUGAAACUGUGCGGAUAUUAUAAUUACUAGCAGUUUGAAAUCAUUAAUAAUCUUUCAGUAAUAAUUGACAUAAGUUCAAAAAAUA